GGCUGCGGCGCCCGGCAGGCACCGAGGCGGGCCGGGCCGAACCGAACCGAACCGAGGCACCGAGACGGGCCGGACCGGACCGGACCGGACCGGACCGGACCAAACCAAACCAAGACACCGUAGGCGCCGGCAGAGUGCCCGCUGCCGUGGUCUCCGUACGUGAGCUCUGGAGGGCUCCCCACCGCAGCCAAGGGGACUCGCUCGUCACCUCCCGAGCGGGACCGCCGCCAGCCCGCCGCACCUCGGUGGCGCGUCCCGGCGGUGGGGGUGGCGGGGUUCCCCCCGCGGGGCGAUGAGAGGCCGCCCCGCACUUCGGACAGCGGAGCAGGGAUUCGAAGGGCUGAACGUCCGGGCAUUAGCGUGCGGAGCCAAGAUGGAAAGUGGCAGCCAGAAAAGGAUAAUACAAUUAACUGGAUUUAAAAAACAAGAGAAGAAGGCAUUGCUCAAAUGUUUGUUCAAGCUGAACUGUGUUUUUAUAGAGAGUAAGAAAUACAGAAAUUGUACGCAUCUUGUAGCAAAAAAGCUGUGCAAGAGUGAAAAGGUCUUAGCUGCCUGCGCUGCUGGAAAGUGGGUACUAACUAAGGAGUACAUAAUUAAUAGUGCUGAAAGUGGUAGAUGGCUUGAUGAAACAGCAUACGAAUGGGGAUAUGAAAUUGAAAGAGACACCCAUUAUUCACCUCAAAUGCAAUCUGCACCUAAAAGAUGGCGUGAAGAACUGACAAACUCUAGUGCUCCAGGGGCCUUCCACAGAUGGAAAGUUGUCCUCCUUGUUAAGAGAGGUGAUAAACGAAUGGCAUGUAUUAGAAGAGUUCUUAAAGCUGGAAAGGCAACCAUAUGUUCAUCUGAAAAUGCAGAGCACAAUAUAACUCAUGUAUUCAUCGGUGGUAAAGUUUCUCCUUUACAAAAUAAAAAGUGCCUCUCUGAAGCUCGACACUACCCUUUGCAAUAUAUAGGACAUUACCUUUUUCAAAAUGAAAUGAAAAAUUCCAAAGAUACACAGAUGAACCAUUUCCUGGCUGCACAAGAAACAGACCAUGUCAAGUCUAAAAUGCAACUUGCUGAAAUGAAAAAUGUAAUUAUCAAACAUAUGUAUUUUACUGUGACUAUUAAGCACAGACUUACGCAAACAGACCAGCUGAACAAAUGCAAGCCGGAGGUUAAAAGUACUGACUGGUCCAAGGGCACCUGGUCUAUACUUCAAGGAUUAGUGGAAGAGGACUUACUUCAUGAUGUAGUCACAGAGCUUUCUGCAGGCCAAAUGUGCAGUGCGCCUCCUGUGAAACUUCUUCAUCCUCUUCUAGAAUAUGUCCUAUUGGGAAACACUGAUGCAAUAUUUUUUGCCAAACUUCGUCAUGUUUUUUACCUUAUUCUUCAUUGUGAACCUCCCUGGAAGUCCCCAUCUAUGUUAAAGUAUUAUUUGGAUCUUCUUCAGUGUCCUAUCUGUAAGAAAGGCACAUGGUCCUUGAUAGAGAUGCUUGUAAGGUCUUGCCUUUAUUGGGAAACAGUUUGUCAUACAGUCACAGUUUCAGGGAGAGAAGAUGAACUGAGGAUAGUUCAUAAAACAUUAUUGAAAUUUUUCUUUGAUUUAGUAAAAGGCGAAGUAGAAUUUCUGACAAAAAGUUUGGUUGAAGGGACGAAUUCACAGCAUCAACAAGUCUUGCCACAGACAGUUCUUCUGAAGACAUUCUUGCUUGAAAGUGGAACUGCAGUGCUUUUUACCAAACACAUCAAUAUUCUAGCAGAUUGGGUCAUACUUUCCCAUCGAGAAUUGAAUGGAAAAAAUGAUGAUUUCAGAAGUGAAGUUGCUGGUCUAUUAAAUGCAAUUCUUGGAACUGUAGUGGACUACUGGAUCAUAUCAGGUUUGCUUAUGGACAGAAAUGUGUUUCAUCAAGUACCUGAUUUGGCACAUUACCUUGCCAUUUCGUGUGAUGAUUUUUCUGUAUAUCAGUUAAAAAUGUUUAUUUGUGCCAUACCAUCCGACUGGCUUCAACUGUUUGUUGCAGAAGCAAUUUUCAAACAAAUGUGUUUACAGAGGAAUAUUGCUGUUUCUACAGAACCUCUUUCUCUUCAAAAAAUAGUCUGUUCCUAUUCACCUGCUUUGCGAGAGAUAGGGAUGCGUGAGACAAAGAUACACAAAGCAAAGAGAAGGAAAAUAGGGCAACAGCCAUGCCCUGAGUCUCAAAGGACAUUACAGAUGCUAAAUGGCGAUAAGCAGAACCAAGUCAAAGUGCUGCCUGAUCUACCUGAUUUAAUCUUUAAUAAGCUUAGAGCAAAACCAGAAGUUCAGACUGCACACACCAAAGAGAGUUAUCUUUUGGCUGAAGAGGUAUACAAGAGAAAUAUUAAAGGAGAGACAGCCCUGCAUAAAGCUUGCAGAAAUAACGAAGUGGAGAGAUUGAUUCAGCUUCUCUCUUUGCCGGGAAUAGACAUUAAUGUUAAAGACUAUGCUGGCUGGACGCCUUUGCAUGAAGCCUGUAACCAUGGUAGCACAGUGUGUGUCCAUGAAAUUCUGGAGCGUUGUCCAGAGGUAGACCUGCUCAGUCAAGUGGAUGGGGUGACUCCUUUGCAUGAUGCACUGUCAAAUGGACACGUAGAAAUUGGCAAGCUGCUACUUCAGCAUGGGGGGCCAGUCCUUCUAGAGCAGAGGAACUCCCAUGAGAGACUGCCACUGGAUUAUGUUGAGUCAGUCACAGUAAAGGAAGAACUUUUGAAUCUUGUUUAUCCCGGAGAGAACAUUGAAAACUUCUCUGAAUGCAAAGAAAAAGAGUUUUGCAAUCAGAAGAAAGAACUGUGUUUGUUUACAUUUACUAAGAUGCUGAUUAAUUUUUGUUCAGUUUAUAAUUUAUCUACACCCCUGACUGUAACUCUGAGAGCGGUAGCUUGUUCAGAUGGACUUCCAGUAAUGGUUUGUGAUAGCUCUAAGAUGAAAAAUGCAUUUUCUGGAGAUUGGUUGGUAGAUAUGUAUCUUAAAGAGCUAGAAACUUUUGAAAAACUAUCACAGUUUCUUCAAGAAAUAUCUGAAAGCAUGCUAUUCUUCCCUGGAGAACAGGUGAAGGCCUUAUUAGCGGUUCUGGAAACUAUGGUAGAAGCAUGUCAGUGCCUAAAUAUUUCUAGCCGUUAAAUUCCAAACAAGCCACAUUGGCUGAAUCUUGAGUGUUACUGCUUUCUACUUGCCUGGCAGAUCUGAAUGUGUGUGAUCUUAGGAAGUUGCUCUAUCAUUUACACUCUGUUAAACUUCGUAUUUUCUGUCUUGGAAGUAGUUUUUUAACAUGCCUUGUGCCAUAUUUCAAUUUGGUUUUCUGAGGGUAGUGAACCUGAACUUAAACCAAGCAGUGGAUUGUUUCAUUUCUUGAGAAAGGCUUGUGUCUACAUAUUUUAUAUCCCUUAAUAAAGCUAAUGUUAUAAAUA